UGUCAAAAAAUGAACAGAUAAACCCGCUUCGAGUCUCACAGACAGCAGUAAGGGUCAAAAUUAUAUUUGAAAACAAAUCCAUUCCUCCCGUGUAGGGGCUACCUACGUGACAUUGGCGGAAUUGUGAAAGACACAAAACAAGCCACUAAUAAAUAAAGAAGAAAUGAAUCUGUGUAAAACAUCGCAGUGUGGUUAUUUGUUUUAGAAUCUCAUCCAUAAAGCGGCACGCGAUGGCGGACAUGCAAGGCUUCUGUUGCGAUGACGAAACAGGGGAGAUCACCCUCUAUCAAAUUAACGAGGAAACUGGAGAGCCUUUAAUUGAAAAUAACGUUCCUCCUUCUCUAAAUGACUUCAGAUAUAAUGUAACCCAUUCUACUACAGACCACGAGAAGAAACACAUAAAAUUUCCCAAGGGAUACCUAACGAAGACUAAGAAAUUUCAAUCAUUGAAAGAAAAAAUCAUGGAUGGUUCAAACCCAGUUAGUUAUCGCAUGCUUCUAAUUCCGACUGUCAUUAUGAAUUGUCCGAGUUUGCUGGUUGUUCUUCUAAUGGUUCUAGAAAUAUAUUUACAUGUGAGAUGUCACAAGAAAAGCAAACAUUUGAAAGAUUCAAGUUUUUAUUACCAGAGUCCAUUUCAUGUUGUAACAAGUGCUUUCUGCGGUGUUUGCCGUGAUUGUAAUACUGCUUCUCGCAUUGGACAUCUGCAGGAUCAAAGGCGAUACCGUUAUGAUUAUCUCAAUAGUAUAGCAAUAUAACUUGUUAAUGACAUUGAACAUGGGCAACUAAACCAGUUUCUGAUACUUUUUUAAUAAUAUUAUUCACUUUUGUUUAUUGAAGUUGUUAUACGUGUACCAGAAUCUGAUGGCACUUAGACAAAUUUAAAUGUGUAGUGGGCAACAUCAAUAUAGUAGGAAAAAAUGAUGCUUCAUAUAUUUUAAUUGACCAGAAUUGACCUAUCCUCAUACAUGUUUUAAGAUCUGUAUGAA